CCCUGUCCAAACUUCACGCCAGCCCUUCACCACCCCUCGGGAAUAGCUCCGCCACUGGCUCCCGUCUGUUUGUGUUGAGCUCAGGACAAAUCGCGGCCGGGGGGGGAUUUCUGUCAGUUAAUGACCAGCUUUAACAGACCUGGGGGUUUCCUUAGCUCAAACUGGGUAGAGGUACAAGGGUUUAUUUAACGAGUGGAGCACACAAAGCGUGUGCACGGAAAGGCGAGCGAGCAGCUGCAAACGGGAAAACAUGUCGUCGUGUGAGUUUGAAUCGCUGGAAAAGUCUCUCGAGUCUCAUCUGCCGGAGGCCGAGCUGGCAGAGAUGAAACGCAUUUUAUACGGAAAGGAAACCAAGAAGCUGGCGCUCCCAGCAUGUGCUGUGGAAGCUGCCUUCAAGCGUGACUUCGAGCUGAAGGGUUACAGCUUUGAAGCUGCCCAGGAACAGCUGAGGAUGCCCAGGAGAAUCCGAGUGGGACUCAUUCAGCACCGCAUUGUUCUUCCCACUGACGCCCCCAUCCUGGACCAGAUCAAUGCCAUGCACAACCGGGUUGGUGAAAUGGUCAAGGUUGCAGCCAUGUGUGGUGUAAACAUCAUCUGCUUUCAGGAGACUUGGACCAUGCCUUUUGCUUUCUGCACCCGUGAGAAAGAACCAUGGACAGAGUUCGCAGAAUCUGCUGAAGAAGGAAACACCACACUCUUCUGCCAAGAGCUGGCCAAAAAAUACAACAUGGUAGUAGUUUCCCCAAUUUUAGAACGAGAACAGCUGCAGAGCACUCUGUGGAACACAGCGGUGGUGAUCUCCAACUCUGGGAAUGUGCUGGGAAAGAGCAGGAAGAACCAUAUCCCCAGGAUUGGAGAUUUUAAUGAGUCAACGUAUUAUAUGGAGGGCAACACUGGCCACACAGUGUUCCAGACACAGUUUGGGAAGAUAGCUGUGAAUAUCUGCUACGGGCGCCAUCACCCUCUCAACUGGUUCAUGUACAGUAUGAACGGAGCUGAGAUCAUCUUCAACCCGUCCGCCACUGUUGGAGCACUCAGUGAGCCCAUGUGGCCUAUAGAGGCCAGGAAUGCAGCAAUAGCUAACCACUGUUUCACAUGUGCAAUCAACCGUGUUGGAACGGAACUUUUCAAAAGUGAAUUUACAUCUGGUGAUGGAAGAAAAGCUCACCACGACUUUGGACACUUCUAUGGUUCCAGUUAUGUGGCGGGCAGCCGCACCCCAGGGCUCUCCAGAACCCGUGACGGGCUACUGGUGGUAGAGAUGGAUCUCAACCUCAACAGACAGAUCAGUGACAAAUGGAGUUUUAAGAUGACUGGGCGGCAUGCUGAAUAUGCAGAGGAACUUACCAAGGCUGUCAGACAUGACUUCAGACCCAGCAUAGUGAAGGAGUAGAAGAGAGUCCACAUAUACUCACUGGCCACUUUAUUACAACUCUAUGCACUUCAUUGCAACACUUCCACCUUCACAUUUAUGUUUAUGAAGUU